GACCUAGUGAGUUGCAGAUAUCUGGUGGUGUGAUCUUAUCAUCUGCAUGAAGCGUUAAACACAGUCAUUGGAGCCACUCACACAAAACUCACUCGCCAUGUAUUGCUUAUCAAUAAAGAAACCCAUUGUUGCCAGUUCCACUCUUCCCCCUAAACCCGAUUCUUCUUCUUCUCCUCCGCAACAAAUCAACCCCAAUCCCCCAAAACCACCUUCUUCCGCCGCCGGAAAACCCCCAAUUUCCUCUUUACCGCGAAACAGGCUCCGCCGUCGACUGCCACAACCCUCCGUCAUCCGAAUGGAACGCAUCGUCGGCACCGGAAGCUUCCGAGACGGCGAACCCGAGCCCAGAGAUUCAGACGUAAGGAAGACUAUUUUUGACUUGUUCUUGGGGCAAGCAUUUGAAGGGCCGGUUGAGAAGAAGCUGAGAGAAACAGGAGAGUGGGUGGCUGCCAAUAGCGAGGCCAGAUUGCGUUCCGCUGGAAAAGGGACUCUAAUGUUCAUGUUUGUGUGGAUGCUACCAAUUUGGGCUAUAUUACUCAUAUUAGCUACUGGAACCAUCAAGUUACCAUUCAGUAGCCCUUUUCUUGAUGAGAUCCUCUUGUGAGCAUAGACCAGCUGCUUUUUGUAGAUUCAGUGGUAGUAAAUUACUUAAAAGUUCAAUGGAGCACUAAUAUUCCAUAUAAUUGUAUUUAGUAGUUAUAGCAAUCUCACAUAUAUUCCGAAAGCCCAUUUUUAUAAUGCCCAGCAUCAAUUAUAUGUGUACAUAUCCUACAUGGAUGUUUUCACUUACAUCCUUAUUAAGCUAUAGUUGUUGAUAAUCUGCUGCUGGCUAGGAAUCUAUCUUCAGGCUGCACUGUUCUAGUUGAUAUUUUCUUAAUUGUAGUUAUCGCACUGUGAGAUGCAAAGUUUGAAUAUGCAAGCUGAAAUUGAAUGAGAAAUAUGAACAGCAAACUGCAUUUCAUUAGUAAAUUUAUUUAUAA